CUGGGUUUGCUUUUAACUAGCUUCACUCCCAAGACAGCGAGAGAAAACAGAAAGUAGGCGAGGGAACAGUUUGCAUUCAACCACAGAGAGAGAGAGAGAGAGGAAUCAGCAAUCUCUCCUCCUGGAACUUGAGGAUUUGUUUCAGAAUUUUUAUUGCAGAUUUUUAAAAAAAAACAAAUAAGGACUGGCUUUUUUUUAAAGCCAGUUCUUUUCUCUCUCUUCCAAGAUUCCAGACUUCUUCCCCAUAAAUUAGAACAAAAAAAAGACACCAUUCUAUUUUGUCUAAAGUUCCAAAAACAGGGAUGCCGCAGCUGAACAGCGGUGGCGACCCGGAGCUUGGGGCGAAUGAUGAGAUGAUCUCGUUCAAGGACGAAGGGGAACAGGAGGACAAAAUCCUGGCGGAGAUCAGCGCCACCGAGGAGAGGGAUCUGGCCGACCUCAAGUCAUCGCUAGUCAACGAGUCCGAGAUUAACCCGGGCAGCGAAAGCAACAGCAACUCGGCCGAACCCGAGGUGGGCAGACGAGCACAAGUUAGCGAAGAGCCCUUUCGGGACAAAGUGAGAACGAGCAUCGAGGAGGUAGGGAAAAGACAGGAUGCAGCGAUGUACAGCAAGAGUCCAGCCUACUGCACUUAUCAACCAGGAUACAUCAUGGUCCCCAAUCUCAGCAGCGACCCUUACCUGAACAACGGCUCCCUCUCUCCUCCUGUCCCCAGAACGUCGAACAAGGUGCCCGUGGUGCAGCCAUGCCAUGCAGUUCAUCCCCUCACACCCCUCAUCACCUACAGCGAUGAGCACUUCGCACCUGGAUCUCAUCCUGCACAAAUCCCCACAGACAUCAACUCCAAACGAGGCAUGCACAGACACCCCCCAGGUCCUGAUAUCCCCUCCUUCUAUCCCCUGUCUCCAGGUGCUGUUGGACAGCUCACACCUCCUCUUAACUGGUUUUCCCAUCCUAUGGUUCCCGGUAACCCUAACCCUCCUACCACCGGAAUUCCUCACCCAGCCAUUGUGAACCAUCAGAUCAAGCAAGAACCCAUUCACAAUGAGAUUGAACACAUGGACAUAAAGCCUCACCAUGAAACGAGGAAGGAGCAAGAGGCCAAGAAACCUCACAUCAAGAAGCCACUCAAUGCCUUUAUGUUAUACAUGAAGGAGAUGAGAGCGAAUGUGGUGGCAGAGUGCACAUUGAAAGAGAGCGCAGCCAUUAACCAAAUCCUCGGCAGAAGGUGGCAUGCUUUGUCUCGUGAAGAGCAAGCAAAGUACUAUGAGCUGGCUCGCAAAGAACGGCAACUUCACAUGCAGCUUUACCCAGGCUGGUCUGCGCGGGAUAACUAUAAGGGAAAGAAGAAGAAGAGGAAACGUGAAAAGAUGCAGGAAACCACCUCAGGAAGUGAUUCAAUGCAACUUCCUGUGGAUAACUCUGAAGAAGAAUGGUUUUUGGACAAUAGGGUGAUGCCCUUUUACCUGAGUGAGCUACACGCAGUUUCUGACACCAUCAACUUUGUUCAGUUCGACACACACAAAUAUUCACUGUGAUGGAAAACAAAGUACAUUCUCGACGUGCAAAGCAAAAGCAGCGACACCAGGCCCACUUCUGGAGAUGGAGGCCUGCUGACAACCUGACCUCAGCUCACACGUCUGCUGUCCGCUCACCUUCACCGGAAUCCAUGUUUGACAUGACUUCCACUCCAGGCGGAGGCGUGGACGCUCCGAUAAUAUGGUGAUUUCUUCUGGACUCGCUCUGUCGCAGAGUGACACUUGCUGUUGUCCAGCACAACCUCCCACCCCCAAAAUCUACGCUGCGCCCGGUUACUGACCGAACUCCGUCCACUUUUGCCAAACCCCAUCCACUUUUUGCCAAACCACCCCACCCCCCCCCGGCCCCGUUCACUUUUGCUAACCAAUGUGCCAUUUGUAUUUGCUUCCGCAUUUUGGAUUACCAUCUGUCCUGUACAAAUCAACUGCUCGUUGGCAGCCACUCUUCAAUCCACAUCAAGAUUACACAUGGCCAGUGUACGAUGCAAACAUCAAGGGAAAAUACUGUAGGUAUCAGACACAGAAAAUGACCUAGGCCAUUUAACAAGAAAAUGUAAAUAGUUUAAUUUUAUUUCAUUUUUUCUUAGCUGAAAUCAAUUUUAUCCCAUUUUACAUUCUUUUUAGUUUUUAGUGUAUAUUUUUAGUGAUGGUUAUUCUAAUUAAACUUAAGAGGUCAGAAAGUUUCUUUUAAAAAAAAAGCCCUUUUAUUUCUGCCAGAGAAUAUCUUUAGGAAAGAUAUGGACCUCAUUGUGUUGUUCGUACCAAAUAUUGAUCUCUGAGCUUCUGUAUGGUAUCCUACAGAGCUCGAUCAAUGUAAGGUGGUGGAGGGGUGAUGGGAUGGUGGGGGAAUGUUUGUGGGGAUUCUCCCCAUCGUCCAUGGUAACUUUGGUGUAAAGUGACGUUAAAUGAAAGCGCUACUUCUCUGGUCUUUGGUGGCCCUUUUGUUGAAAGCUACAGUGAUGAGCGGGAGAAUCCCAAUAGAAAAUUCAACCUGCACCCCACCCCUGCAAUGAGAAAUCAUCAUGUGGGGGUCUGUUGCUACUUACAUUCUCAAAUACAGAAUCGCAGACCUUAUAUAAGCUAGGCUGUCACACACUGUUGUUUUGGAAAAUUCAGCACUUGUAAUGUUUAUUUUUAAAGGACACUGUUUUAUGUUCAGUACCUGUCUCUUUAUGUUGUAAUGAUCUCCUAGAUCCAUCUUCGUGUUUCUUUUUUUGCCAACAGAGUAUACCUGGUGCCAUGUAAUUGAUCAUAAUAUAACGGGUUCAAGCCAUUACCUUUUUUUUAAAAAGAAAAUGUCAUUGUGGUUCAAAUCUUAUAUGUACAGAAUUUACCAAAUUCAAAUAUGUUACAAGUUUGCGUGUUUUUUUGUGGAAAAAUACCGUGCAGUAAAUUUGCCAUUGUCUGUAACCUCAAACUUUUAGAACA